AAUAUGAAAUUCAUGUGUAACGUAAAUUAAUCUUAGUACGAAGUACGCGUCCUCUACCCAGGUUUUGGAAUCUUACAUCAAUUCUAACAUCACAUUCUCUCAUUAUUCCUACCAAAAAAAAAACUGAUACUCCGCAAUAAUAAAAAAAGCAUCUCAAUUUUUUAAAACGGAAAGAAAUCCCAUACAUUACAUUUGUCAGCUUAAUUGAGUAACUUUUUUUGGGAAUUUAACACACAUUUGCCCCUUUUCACCACUUUUAUACCCAGAAAAUGAAAAAAUAAAGCUCGGAAAUUGCUCAAAGUGUCUAAAAAUGGUGGAAGAAAAGAAGAAAAGGAGAAGAGAAGAAGAAGGGAAGCCUAAUGAUGAGCUUAAGUUUAAGAUCAAUCCAAACAAAUUCUUCAAACUCAUCCUUCCUCACAUCCUUGAACAAAACAGCAGCCUGAGGAUUCCAGAGACAUUUGCGAAGAAAUUCACCCCUCAGAUUCGAACAUUUGCAACACUCGCUACGCGAACCGGUCUCCCAUUCAAGAUCGUGGUAGAACGAAUAGAGAACGGACUUUACUUUACCGAAAGAUGGGCAAAGUUCAUGGAGUAUAAUCAUAUAAAAUAUGGUUACUUCCUGGAAUUUGCGUAUGAAGGAAAUAGCCAUUUCAAAGUUUACAUAUUCGAUUUAUCUUGUACUGAGAUAGAAUAUCCAGUUGUUGAACUUGAUCAACAUGCAAAUCAGAAGGUUCCUCGGAAUCGGAAUCGUGAUGGCAAAAGUAAGGAAAAUCAAGAAGCAGUUGAAGAAGAAGAGGAAGCAGAAAAGGAUAAACAUAAAGAUGGCGUAGUAUUGGAGAGUAACAGACACAACAUCAACCCCUCUUUCAGUAUUGUAGUACGAAACUGUAGUCUCUUACGGGGCGGUGCGUAUUUGCAUAUACCCACGAAUUUUACGAAGGAACACAUGGAAGGGGGACACUUAUUCAAAUAUGUAAUGUUAGAAGGGGAUGACGGUAGAGAUUGGUGUAUAGAUUGCUACUUUUGUCACGGUGUUGGUCUCCGUUUAAACGGACCAAGAUGGCGAAAAUUCGUGCUACGGUACGAUUGGGAGGAAGGAGACACUUACACCUUCGAGUUGGUGGACAAGAAACAAGACUAUGCAACUUUUAAAGUAAGCAAAAUGUAGACUUAUUUUAACUAAAUCUCAUACGAAGUACUCCGUACUAUAUAUAUUAUGCUGUAAUUUUGUUAUAUAUAUAUAUACUAGAUUAAUGUUGUAAUUUAGUAUUGUGAAACAAAUGGUGCAUCGAUUGUGUAGUUGGCUUAUUGUACCUCUAUCGUAAAAAAUUACGGAUAAGCUAAUUUUUUUUU